ACUUGAUCGGAGGGCAACCACUUUGAACACACUCAUUCACUCUCUCUGUGCGAAACAAUGGAUCAAAUUAAGCACAAUUACAUUGAAGUCAACGGGAUCAAGCUUCACGUAGCCGAGAUUGGGUCGGAGUCUUCGCCGGCUGUGGUUUUUCUUCACGGAUUUCCGGAAAUAUGGUACACAUGGCGCCAUCAAAUGAUUGCUGUUGCAAACGCGGGUUUCAGAGCUAUUGCACCCGAUUACAGAGGAUAUGGACUAUCCGACAUACCUGCAGAACCCGAGAAGACCUCCUUCUUUGAUUUCGUCCACGAUACUGCCUCGAUCCUUGAUUCUCUCGCUAUUUCUAAGGUGUUUGUUAUCGGUAAAGAUUUUGGAUCAAUGGUUGGCUACAUAUUCUCCCUUUUUAACCCAGAGAAAGUUGCAGGAAUUGUAUCACUCGGUGUGGCAUUUAGGCCCCCCGGUUCCAGGACUCAUCUAGUCCUCCCCGAAGGCUACUACAUUCAAAGAUGGCAGGAAUCUGGAAGAGCUGAAGCUGAUUUUGGACGUUUUGAUGCUAAAACGGUGGUGAGAAACAUCUACAUUUUGUUUUCUAGAAGUGAAAUACCGAUAGCGGGUGAAAACGAGGAGAUAAUGGAUUUGGUGGAACCAUCCACUCCUUUACCUUCUUGGUUCACAGAGGAGGAUCUUGCCGUCUACGGGGAUUUGUAUGAGAAAUCCGGAUUUCGAACUGCACUCAAAGUUCCUUACAGGAUUCUAAAGGACAAAUUUGAACCUCCGAAAGAAGCUCCAAAAGAUCUGAAAAUAGAAGCUCCGACGUUGCUAAUCAUGGGUGAGAAAGAUUUCGUGUUCAAGAUACCUGGAACCGAAGAAUACAUAAGGAGUGGGGCGGUCAAGAAAUACGUACCCAAACUCGAAACCAUAUACUUGCCUGAAGGAUCUCAUUUUGUUCACGAACAAUUCCCCGAUCACGUGAAUCAACUCAUCCUCAAUUUUCUCGAUUGCAACAAACAGUAAUGCUUCUAAGCUCAAGUUUGAACCUUGCGUUUGCGGGUUGUGUGUAUCGAUUAUUGUGCUGAUAGAUAUACGUCAAAAGGUUCCGGCUCUGGUUUACUCCUUUUAGAUGUGGUUCAAGGGGUUGUUUGGUUGUUUUCCAUUAAGCUCUGUAUGAAUUAAGUUUUUUGUAUUAUUAAGCCGUCUAUAUAGACCAAGCUGAAUUAAAAAUAGGUAAAGAGUAAACUACCUAUAUUAAAUUAAAA